UUAAUCAAAGGCGACACUAUUUUGCCUUUGAGGUAACAGAGCGGCAAGUUAUUUCGCCUCAAAGAAGUCAUAUUUCAGAUUUGCUUUAAUAAAAGCAUGAGAAGAGUAACGCUCUUUGUUAACGGAACCUCAAAAAAUGGAAAGGUUGUAGCUGUGUAUGGAACUCUGUCAGAUUUAUUAUCUCUUGCGAGUAAUAAGUUGGGAAUCAGAGCUUGCAGUUUGUACAACAGCAAAGGUGGGCUCAUCGAUGACAUUGCACUUAUCAGAGAUGAUGACGUCUUGUAUGUCUCAGAGGGGGAUGCUUUUGUGGAUCCUCAUAUUGCCUCAAAGGCCUCUGAUGACUCAGGGGCUCAGACUGACUGGCUGACCCUCAAUAUCGGUGGACGCCUUUUCACGACAACACGGAGCACUUUAGUCAGUAAGGAACCUGACAGUAUGUUGGCCCAUAUGUUCAGGGAGAAAGACGUGUGGGGUAACAAGCAGGAUGAGCGUGGAGCUUACCUGAUCGAUCGAAGCCCCGAGUACUUUGAACCCAUUCUGAACUACCUGCGGCAUGGACAGCUGAUUGUUAAUGAUGGAAUCAAUCUCCUAGGUGUGCUGGAGGAAGCUAGGUUCUUUGGAAUUGAGCAGCUUGCUGAGCAGCUUGAAGUCGCCAUAAAGAAUACCCAUCCUCCCGAAGACCACUCUCCGAUCUCUCGCAAAGAGUUCGUCCGCUUCUUGCUGGCCACCCCAACCAAAUCAGAGCUUCGUUGCCAGGGCCUGAACUUCAGUGGGGCGGACCUCUCUCGGUUGGACCUGCGAUACAUCAACUUCAAAAUGGCCAACCUGAGCCGCUGCAAUCUCACCCACGCCAACCUGUGCUGCUCAAACCUGGAGAGAGCAGACCUCUCCGGCGCCAACCUAGAUGGUGCUAACUUGCAAGGUGUCAAAAUGCUUUGCACAAAUGCUGAAGGAGCAUCUCUAAAGGGAUGCAAUUUUGAAGACCCGUCUGGACUCAAGGCAAACUUAGAGGGUGCCAACCUGAAAGGUGUGGAUAUGGAGGGCAGUCAGAUGACCGGUAUCAACCUCCGUGUGGCCACACUAAAGAAUGCCAAACUGAAGAACUGCAAUCUGAGGGGCGCCACCUUGGCUGGUACUGAUCUCGAGAACUGCGACCUGUCAGGCUGUGACCUGCAGGAGGCCAACCUCCGAGGCUCCAAUGUCAAGGGCGCCAUUUUUGAAGAGAUGCUGACUCCGCUGCACAUGUCUCAGAGUGUGAGAUAACUCUUGCACCACACAAAACAUUCCGUUCGGAUUGGGAAGGAGAGCGGUGACGGGGUUUGGGGGGUGAGGGGUUCUUGGCAUGGCGCACAGGUGCCAGUGUAGCACACAUCACGCCCCCUCCAACCCCCCCAGUUCACCCCAGCCCAUCCCCAUGGUCCGUUAGAUGCCCUGGAAAACAUAUGCAAUACUGGCAGAUAGCUGCCGAUAUCUCCUAAUCCCUAAUCCCUCACCCCUCACCCCUCACCCCUCACCCCUAAUCCCUCACCCUUACUUUCCUCCCCUGCACUAGUGCACAGCCAGGGUGCUUAUCUUUUAUUUGUCAAGAGCAAGUGAGUUAGUGCAGUGUCCCGUUAUUUAUUUCUUGACAUAGAGCUGGAAUGACUGCCUGGACUUACUGUUGUUUUGUGUCACGACAUUGCUCUCUUUUGUUUGUGCGGGGUGUUUGUAUACACCUGCCAUUUGUGUUUGUUUGUUUGUUUGUUUGUUUGUUUUUUAAAUGUUGCUGUUUAUUUCAAGAUCAUGUUAUACCAAAAAAGACAUUACAGUUGUGCGACUAUACAAAGAGCUCUAGACAAUUCAAAGAUGACGACGACCGUAAAAGAGUUCAGUGAGUUUGCGUCAAAAUCAUGGCUACGCUCAAUAUUUGUUGGGUAUGUUUAGUUGCUCUCAGCUCUGCAGUAGCUUAGGGGAGAACAGAGACUGUUUUGAACCGAGGUAGGCGGCACUUCUCUAUGGACUGUAGUUUUAGGGUGUCUAUGGCCAGACACUGUGCUUGCUGCGUAAGAAGAAUAAGAAUACCUAGAAGAUUUCAGGUUAAGAUUAAAGCCAUAAUAUAUAAAGCAUGUUUUCAAAUGGCAAUCAAAUAACCAUCUAAUCACAUUUUGCUAAGUCUGUUUCCCCAGCUUAGUGCAGUCCCACCUGUUCUUAUGUACUUAAAGUCGUUUUGAGUAUGCAAUUUCAAGUAGCUGCCACGAAUACUGACCACUCGUAGCCUAGAUGUUCAGUGUUUCCGUUUCAGCCAUGUCUUGCGAGUGUAUAUGAUGUGAUGGAAGUUAGUGGGUUGCUAUAUGUGGGUUCCCCACGGAUCUACCUCCCUCUCUGUUGGGACUUUGAGAAGGCUUUUUCUCAGUGGUUGGCUGCUCGGGCGAUUGUAUGGAAGAAUGUCUCUUGUUGCAUUUGAAUGAAGCCGUUGCAAUGACAUUUUUUGUGUGUAUGUGUGUGAAAUUAAGACGAACCAAAUUUGGUUGGAUCAUGUGGGCUGCCCUUGGGUGAGAGUACAGUUGUCCAACAACGCUCAUCAUUAGGGUUACGCCUGCAGACACCAAUAGUAUGAACAUAUCUUUAAUUUGUAUAUUUCUAUAUCAAUGCUUUCCACCAAAAAUAUUGUAUCCAUUUUAAUUAUCUCCUUUUUUUGUGUGUAAUUUUGACAUUUUUCCCUUCACAAUAUUUUUUUGUUUUAUUUUGUCUGUUUUGAUUUAUUAUUACAGCAAUUACCAUUGUACCACUGUGCAUCGUACACCAAAAAUGUUAUGGCGGUUCCUAAGUUGUAUCCUAUUUUCAGUGGAAUCCUUCAUUAGCCUGGGUCCGAUUCUGCUCAAGACGCUUCAGCCAAAGCCCAACCUCUGUGCUUGUCCUCGAGGGGUCAUGGGGAAAGCAGAGAGCGCUCCAGAAAAUCAGUCUCCUCUUCAGCAGCUACACACACAUCUCAGGAGCUACUGUAGCACACUAGAGAUUGGGCUGCUUUCGGCUGUACCGGCGACAGAACUCCCAAGGCAAUAAUUCUUAACGAGACUGUUAUCUUGUGUUAGUACUGUUAGAUUCAAUCAUUGCUUGAUUGCCCUAUAGGGUAUUUUUUUUAAUGUCUAUUAUUUGUAUUAUUAUUGUCAAUCAUUAGUAUUCCCAUAUAUCCUACCCUGCACAUGUACACAUGUAUGACCAGAAAUAGGAGCUUAACCGUGUCAGUAUUGUCACUUCUCCCAAGAAGUUGCUGUGAGCAUUUGGGAUCAUGUUUGUGUUUUGCAUUGAUGUUGUCACUCUGUCAGUAGUAGUAUAGUAAUUGUUGUAGGUACUUCAGUCUGUCCUGAUGAAGGCAAUCACAUAGAACUUUGCACUUGGAGGGCAUCGAUCUAUAAACAUCAGACCCACACAAUAAGGGGAGAUGCUAUUUAUUUUAUUAUGUAUCAGAAUAUAUUUAUCUGAGGUGGAGAAAGGUAUACUUAGACAAAGUAGAUUUGGUUCUCUUUGUGACUUAAUCCUGCUCAACAGUUAUUGCACUCAUUCAACCAAGGAAGCAUAUCUCCAUAAAAGGACUGUGAGAACUAAA